UUCGUUACAAGUGAAUGUUCUAGACCACGUUUGUUGAUCUAUUAUGUAGUUUUGUAUUCAUCCUAGCUACAUUUAUAUAUAUCCACUUAUUUCUUAACUACGGUAUGCAUUAUACAUGUUUGUAUUAAUGUCGCCGAUAAAAGUUUCGGACCCAUAGUGAUGAAUAAUCAUUCUCGAUUAUUAUUGUUAAAUAAAACACUACAAGGAAUAAGAUAGAUCAAAAACGAAAGCUCCUUUGAAAACAAUCUCAAAGAACAAGAAAAUAUGAGAAGACUCUUUCUCUUCUCUCUCCUCUUUUUAUUCUUUUACUCAUCCUCCUCCUCAAGAUCUUCAUCAGAAUCUCACAUCUUCAUCUACGGAGGAUGUUCACCGGAAAAAUACACACCAAACACACCUUUUGAGUCAAACCGCGACACUUUCCUCUCCUCUGUCGUCACUUCCUCCUCUGACGCGUCCUUCAACAGCUUUGCCGUCGGCAACGACUCCUCCUCCUCCUCAUCCUCUUCCGCCGUCUUCGGCCUCUAUCAAUGCCGUGACGAUCUCCGAUCAUCAGACUGCUCAAAAUGCAUCCAAACCUCAGUCGAUCAAAUCACUCUCAUUUGUCCUUACUCUUACGGCGCUUCUCUCCAGCUCGAAGGCUGCUUCUUACGUUACGAAACAAACGAUUUUCUAGGGAAACCAGACACAAGUCUUAGGUACAAGAAGUGUAGUUCCAAGAGCGUUGAGAAUGACUACGAUUUCUUUAAGCGGAGAGACGAUGUGUUGUCGGAUCUUGAGUCGACUCAACUCGGUUACAAAGUUAGCCGGUCCGGUUUAGUCGAAGGUUAUGCUCAGUGUGUUGGUGACUUGAGUCCUAGUGACUGUACGGCUUGUCUUGCCGAGUCUGUCGGAAAAUUAAAGAAUCUUUGUGGCUCGGCGGUUGCAGCUGAGGUUUACUUGGCUCAGUGCUAUGCUCGUUAUUGGGGCUCUGGUUACUAUGACUUCUCUUCAGGUCAGUCCAUAAAUUAAAAUCUUUAUUUCAUUUAUUAGCUAUUGCUCUAAUUUACGUAAGUUCUUUAAUUAUAUUCGUGAAUCAUGCUUAGUGCCAUGAUAAUAUAAUUGAAAAUUGUAGUAAUGAACUGUAUAGAAAUGUGUGAGAAUUUGACAAAAUUUAAAUUUCCGCCGCUUAUAAUUGAGAAAAUCACAAGUCUAGUCGCUCCUUGGUAGCACGAGAAAGUUGAAGAAAUCAUAAAAUUUUCGUUGCUUUUUUUUUUUUGUAAUUUCCACUGGAAAGACACCAUUAAGUAUUGAAUAAAAUAGAAUUAAUCUUUUGAAUCAUUCGUUGGAAAAUUCGAGUAUCAUGAUUAUAAUAUCAUUGGUCAGAAAAGAAUGUUUUUGCAAUAUAUUAUUCUUUUCUUUAUAGGCAUAGCCACCCAUGUCCCCAUUUUCAACUUUAUUUUAUAUAUUCUUUAUAGCUUGAUCAAUAUCACAUAGUCCAAAAGUCAUUGCAUCUUAGAAAAUCUAAUUCUUAGCUUGAUACUAUAUUGUCCUUAUCUUAUGUACUUUAAUUUGUCACAUACAAUAUUAAGAUCUUUUUAAAUUUGAUCUAAUUUUCGUUAUUAAGAUCCAACGAAUGGAGAUCACGUGGGGAAAUCAAUCGCGAUCAUCGUAGGAGUCAUUGCUGGAUUCGCAAUUCUUGUUGUUCUCCUCUCCCUUUGUAGAAACUCCAUGCAUUGAUAUAAUGAAAGGCAUGAUUCGGGAUACAAGAUUCUAGGGACCUGUUUUUUUUUUUUUGAACUCUCUUGUAUUCCACUAUUCCUUUUAUUUUGUAGGAGGAACACAUCCGUUACCGUUCCUUGCUGAAAUUUUUGGUUUAUCAAAAGGAAAACUAUUAGUGACUGAUGAUAUAAUGAUUUUUAGCUUUGAGGUAUUAAAUAUUUGUAUAGUGUGACCCGUAUUGUCUGCCUUAAAAAGAU